AUGGUCCGUUUCAUGUACGAGGCUGAUUACGACGGGAGUGGCAGCAACAGAGGGCGGAUCUCACCUAUGCUCUUCAAUGCUAGGGUGUAUGAAGUUGCAGAGAAGUACUCUAUACUUCAUCUGAAGGAACGAGCCAAAACGAAAUUCAAAGAUGCCGUGCGUACCUGUUGGGAUAUGGAUGACUUUUCCCCAGCUAUCAAAGAAGUUUAUACAAACACUCCCUCUAUUGAUCGAGGGUUGCGUGAUAUAAUUUCGCAAACUGCCUUUCAGAAUAUCGAAUCACUGCUGCGGAAGGAUGAUUUUCAGUCAGUUUUGGUGGAGUACCCUGGGUUUUCCGCAGAUGUCGUUCGCCUCCAAGCUAAUAGCUCUCAUCCACCUCCGGCUAAUCCUCAGAGAACAAGAUGCAACAACUGUGGAUACAACAUCUAUUAG